CUAGAAUCCUGGGAAGUUCAUCCUGUCUACCUCUUGAGGCAUACCCAUGGCACUCAGCCAGCUGUACCAUUGCGAAGGAGACUGUAUUCACCUCCUCCCGCACGUUGCCCACAAUUGGCCAUGGUUCGACAAACUGCUGGAGUAUACCUGCAUGAAUCUUUGUGAUCGGAUCCUGAAAUUCCAGCUAGGUUUGCUUGGACGUAGUAGUGAUACAAGCCAUCUUCACCUCAUCCAAUUUUGCUAGGAUCCACCUCAUGAACGACAUCAGCCCAUUUAGUAAAGCUACUGUGCUCAAUAUUCCCUUCUUUGACCACGCGCGGGCUCGUGAGCUUAGUAGAUUAUCAAUUCUUUGCUCCACUAGGUUACCAGAGAGAGGCUCUUUCAAGUACUGUGCAAUACUCUUUCCUCCUACCGAGAACGUUUAGAUAAGCCAUAACCUGUAUAACAAAGACUAGAUACCAGAGCCCUCGGGGAUUUGAAGCGUUCCAAUUGGACAUCUCCCGGGAAC